UGUGUUUUACCCUCAGUAACAUAGAUUCCUAAGAUGAUGGGAACGUUCUUUCUGCUCUGUGUCGGAUCCUGUCUCCUGCUGCUGGUUGUGCUGAGGCCUCGGAGGCCCAGGAACUUCCCACCGGGACCACCGCCUGUUCCCAUAUUUGGGAACGUUCUGCAGCUGAGCAUGAAGAAUCCUAUGGCUGGCCUGGAUAAGCUGUCCGGAGAGUAUGGUGAGGUGUACAGCCUGUACCUGGGCUGGAGGCCUGCCGUGGUGCUCCAUGGUCUACAGGCGGUACGGGAGGCCCUGGUGACUAAAUCUGUGGACUUCGCUGGACGACCACAGGGCAUGAUGAUCAACCACGUUACAAAGAACAAAGGUCUGAUUAUGGGUAACUAUGGGGCGGUGUGGAGGGAGCACCGGCGCUUUGCUCUGACCACCAUGAAGAACUUUGGUCUUGGGAAGAGAUCCAUGGAGGAGAGGAUCCUGGAGGAGACAGAUCACGUCUGCACUCGGCUGGGAGAGAAUGCAGGUAAAUCCUUGGACCCUGUGACUCUGGUCCACAGUGCUGCGUCCAACAUCAUCUGCUCGGUCCUGUUUGGUCAUCGCUAUGACUACCAGGACCCAGUCCUCUCCUUCAUCAUCAACAGCUUCAAGGAGAACGCUCAGAUUGCUAAUGGGCCCUGGGCAGCUGUCUAUGACACCUUCCCACUGCUGCGGCGGCUGCCCCUCCCCUUCCAGAGAGUGUUUGACAACUACAGAGCUCUGAAGAAACACACCAUGGAAAUAGUGGAGCAGCACAAACACACACAUACACCCGGAGAGCCACGAGACGUCAUAGACUGCUAUCUGGAUGAGAUGGACAAGAGAGGUCCAGAGGGGUGUGUGCUGGAAGAGGAGAGGUUGCUCAUGUUACUACUGGACCUUCAUUUCGCUGGGACUGACACUAGCUCCAAUUCCAUACUCACUGCACUGCUCUACCUAGCUACACACACACACGUACAGGCCCAAUGUCAGACAGAGAUAGACGGUGUUCUGGGGGAGAAGGAGAGAGUGUCAUUUGAGGACAGACACAGGAUGCCCUAUGUGAUGGCCACUAUCCAUGAGACCCAGCGUCUAGCCAACAUCGCACCGCUAGGGGUGUUUCAUGCUACCAUCAGACCCACCAAGCUCAUGGGCUAUGACAUACCAGAGGGGACUCUGGUUAUCACCAACCUCACCUCUGUGCUCUUCGAGAGCAGCCAAUGGGAGCGUCCAAAUGACUUUAACCCUGCCCACUUCCUGAACGAUGACGGGCAGUUUGUGAAACCAGAAGCCUUCCUGGCGUUCUCGGCAGGUCCUCGUGUGUGUCUCGGGGAGCUGCUGGCACGUAUGGAACUCUUCCUCAUCCUGGUCACUCUGCUGCAGCGAUUCCACUUCCUGUGGCCAGAGGAUGCUGGGAACCCUGACCUUUCGCCCGUGUUCGGGGGCAUCCAGUCGCCCAAACCCUACAGGGUAUCAGUCAGACUGAGAGGAAACCAGGGAUCCUGAUGGAGCCAGUGUUACUCUUAAAUAUGUCCCCACAUCAUUAUGA